UUUUUGAUACGUCGCUUAAUGACAACCAAAGCAAUGUCAAAACUAUUGAGCAAGUUGAAUCCGAGAAAGUUUAUUAUAUUGAUAAAGAUCAAAGAGACGAUGUAGUACACGGAAAAACUCACGAUGGUCAAGCUUUUCAAGUUCCCCAAACUGUAGACAUGUUGGCUACAGUCUUUGAUACUAAAGCGAAAAAAUCGGCAUUUGAUAUUCUUACGUUUACUGUGAUUGGAUGUCAGGUCACACUAUUUUUUGUACUUCCAGCAUCUACUUCAAAAUGGCUUUUCCUUAUCCUUUUCUUCUUUUGGAGAACCGCAUAUAAUGGCGGAUUGGGACUGCUGCUAAAACAUCAAAGUGAUACACGUGGUCUAGUCUCUUGGGUUAAGCGAAAAAAGUUUUUUAAUAAAGACAAAGGCGGGAAGAUAUACACAUUUCUUCAAAAAGAAUUGAGCAUUAAAAUGGGAAACGAUUAUAAUUUUGAGAAAGCUCCUUUGGAAUUUAACACAUGGUUACUCUUUCGUCAACUUGUCGAUUUGAUUCUCCUGAAUGAUUUUACCACAUAUAUCUGUUUUGCGCUUGCUAACUUUAAUAUUCCGGAGGGUUCAGGUGCAUUUAUUAACAUAUUACGAUGGACUGGUGGCCUUUUCUUAUUAUGGUUUAAUAUUUGGGUCAAGACUGACGCACACCGCGUUGUAAAAGAUUUUGCGUGGUAUUGGGGGGAUUUCUUUUUCCUUAUUGACCAAUCACUUACAUUUGAUGGUGUAUUUGAGAUGGCACCACACCCAAUGUACUCUGUUGGAUAUGUAGGUUAUUAUGGAAUUUCCCUUAUGAUGGCGAGUUAUACAGUAUUAUUUGUAAGUUUAGCGGCACAUGCAGCACAGUUUGCAUUUUUGACAUUUGUUGAAAAUCCACAUAUCGACAAAACUUAUAAUCCGCCCAUAUCGCUCAAUGCCAGAAUUUCAAGGCAAAUCACAGAAGAAAUGGAUAAAUCACUAACUUCUACAAAUAAAAAACUAUCUACUCCAAAUGAAAUUCAUCCUACACUUCCAGAUUUGUCAAACACGUCAAGUUAUCAUCUUCGUCGCGAUCUUAUUGUAUUCAAAAAUUUCGAUCUUUUUCGUUCAAAUGACCUUUUUGUCAUUUUGAUAAUCUUUUAUGCGGCAAUUUUUCCACUAUUCAUUGUCCGUGCUUCCGACAAUGUGGUCAAAUUAUUCCUAGUUGCUCAAUGCUUAGCAUGGCGUAUCUUUCACUCUUAUGGUUUGGGCUGCAUUUUAUUUUUUCAGAGUAAAAAUAAAUUUUUAACUAAACAUUAUAUUAAAUUUGGUGGUACUGUUAGUGAAACAUUUUCUAAUUGGAAAAGCAUUUAUAACCUCUCAUUAUGCAUGACUUAUGUGACUUUUCUUUCCGCUGCAUGGAAAAUGUAUUAUUUCCCCGAAGAUUGGACAUACGGAAUGGUGUUAUUACGCCAUACCUUGGGUAUAUUACUUAUUGCUUUACAUAUAUGGACAUCUGUUUCAGUAUUUGAAGUAUUGGGUGAUUUUGGUUGGUUUUAUGGUGAUUUCUUCCUUGAUGACUACCCCACAACGUUGUACUACACAGGAAUAUAUAGAUUCCUCAAUAAUCCGGAAAAACUUAUGGGACAUGCAGCUUAUUGGGGGAUUACUUUAAUUGCAAACAGUUGGCUUAUUUUUAGCCUGGCAUUAUUUGCCCAAAUUUCAAAUUUCCUAUUUUUACGUUAUGUUGAGAGUCCACACAUGCAAAGAUUAUAUGGUGAUAAGAUUCGAAAGGAGGCUGGUGUAACAAAAACAAUUAAACGCGUUAAUAUUAUUCCAGGCAAAGUUAGAGAAGAGGUUUCUAAAAUUCGAGAGGCACUAGAAAUUCAAGUGGUUGAGCGUGUUGUUAAAGAAGUGGCUGAAACGGUUGAAAAAGUUGUCGAAGAUACAGCCGAAGUUGUAGGUGAACUUGUCGUUGCCGCAAAGCCUCGAUUUAAAGAUGUAGUUCAUGAGACUCGAAUCUUAUUAUCUAAUUCAACGAGUGCAUUCUUUAUUAGUAAAGUUGCUGGAAAAAUAGAUCGUCAAAAUCUUGAACAAUAUUCAAUAUCAUUAGCUCUGCCUUCAGAUGAAAUGAAUCAUUCCCCACCAAAUUCACCUACUGGUGACAUUAAUGACAAUCGUGAUCGAAACGCGAAACCAAUUACAUUCGAACUAGGUUCACCUAUAUUUGUCAAGUGGACUGCACCAAAAACCCAUUCUCGUUUAGAUUGGAUUGGUAUAUAUAAAGUUACAUCAAAUUCAUCAAAGAUGGUGACUAGUGUUUCAAGUAAAGGGCGUUAUGUUUAUGUAACGCCAGAUGAUGAUGAUUUUGAUACAAGUUUUAAUUCAACAACAACAGACAUUAAUGAUCAGCUGGAAACGGGCAAUGCAUGCUUCAAAGGGGAUCAAUUACCAUGGGAAGUUGGCACUUAUGAGUUUAGGUACCACCAUGACAAUAAUCAUGGAGUUAUGGUGAUAUCACAACCAUUCGAAAUUGUUGCAAUAACACCCAAAUAUGCAUCAGAUCUUCCAACAAUUGAGCAAACUGUUCUCACUUUGGUGCAGAGAGCUCUUGAUUCAAAUCCUAAACUAAUUCCAUACACGACUAGAGAUGAUUAUUUAUUAAUGAAAGAAGUACAUGCUAAACGCAUUGUUUAUGGAAUUAAAAUGGUAUUUGGUGUAGACUUUGCUUGGCAAGUUGUUGCAGUCGAUGGAAAUGUUGGAAGAUUGGCCCAUCCACAAAGCACGUCGAGCCUUAGCUUUAUUCUCGCAAGAAUCUUGGAUUGGCAAUAA